AGCAAGUAAAGUUUGGGAUGUGUCCGAGAAGCAGAGGAGAAGGAGCUGGUAGCGGAUCGCGGGAAAGCUAUUGCUAAGAGCAGAAUCAAUCGAGUUGAGUGAAGGAAGGGAAAGAAGGGGCGAGCGAGGGUGGGUGGGGAGACCUUUUGAGCUUUCUGGGGGCGCAUCUUUCGCCCUCACGACGCAAGUGUGGUCUACACGCUCGCGGCCCCUUGACCCAACUCGGAAGGAGCGCUCGAUUAGGCAGCCAGUGGAUCAGCAAGCAAUCAACAUCUUUACUGGAGAUGUUCAAAACGCCCUACUCAUCGCAUGCAACCGACCCACUUCUAACGACUCUUGGCCAUGUUGGCCUUGUCUUGGCCUAGCGAGGAGGCACUUGCGCUCAGGUUUGCCGGCCUAGAGGUCUAGCAUCGUCGCCGGAACCUUGCGCGCGCAUCUGCACGGCGCGCGUUACAGAACUUUGCUCAUAUACCUCAAGCCCUUGGUCACAUGCUACAGGGAAGGCUUUGUGGAGUCAGAGUGCAUAUGUCUUCAGCGCACAUUUUCUUCAGCCCGUUGCUUCGAGACCGGUACCUGUUGUACUUGGAGACUCGAAUUCACGAUCAAACGGCCUCGAUAAGUCAGAAACUUAAGUGGGAACAAUCCUUCCACUCAAGACUCACUGCAUCCUACGCCGAGAUGAACGGACCUCCUCUUCACUGCCCCACCGUCCAUUCUUGGCCCAUGUCGCGCCACGCAGGCAUGCUCAUCGGGUCACGCGCCGCUUCUGCUUGCUUUAGCGCCGGCCAUCGACCACCUCCCGCCUUCGUCAGGCACAUCACGCGCCAUCAAGCAGCUUUAAGCAUGCAAUCAGCCAACCCCGAUGUGAGACAAGAAUCGUUGAGGAGCUUGUCAUUCAGACCGCGCUCUACUAGACACUGGCCUAGGCAAUGACCGCGCAAUUUGUGAUGUUCGUCCUCCGCAAAAGUGGAUCUUCGCAUGUAGCCAAUUCAGGCGGACUCGUCACGAGUACGUACGCCCGGCUGACCGUUUGCCGGGCCGCAACGCUCUCAGCGCUUGCUACAUGUAACAGCCUUUGGAUGGAUUCGAAAUCUCACUAGCAGCACACGGCAAAGGGCAUAGGCGGUUCGUGGCCCAUAUGUACCGAAACGGGUGCGCAACAUCUUCGUCUGCAGGGCCUUGGUGCGCAACAUCUUCGUCUGCAGGGCCUUGGUGCGCACCAGCAUACAUCAAUCGCAGGGCGUCUUGACGAAUCGAGUUGCCCAGCGAGACGGGUGCCCUCGAUCGUUGGCAGCGAUAACGUCUCCGUCCUUGGUCAAAUCAGGCGUUUGAAUGUUUCGCUGGUCUCUGCGUCGGAACAAGGCUCCGUGGGAUUGUUACCUCAUGAGCCCCGCCGAUUCUCCACUUAGACUAGAACCAACGGUCCUUCGCCAAAGCGCACACACCGCCCUCCCAUGCGUAGCGAAGGGCAAUGUGAGCGCUUCGUGCGAAGGACCGCAUCAUUGGUGGCUUGUGCCUGUGGCAUGUGAUACAGGGAGAUCUGGGCCUCUCGCCUACAAGAGCCACGUGCGUAUCACGCGCCAGGCAUUAUGCGAGUGGGUUCCUUGCUCUGGUGCGCCUAGGACGAUCAUUCGAGCGGGUUCUCCAACCGGGAAGCCAGAUGCAAUUGGGCUUCAACAUCGAUUCAAUCACGAAUGAAGAAGCAUCGAGCUUCGGGGGAUCAGGACCCACGGUUGUUGUCAAAGUCAUGCAGUGUGCAUCCAUCUGCUGUGUCGGACCCACUCCACUUUGAUACUGACAAGCGCAGCUUCUGACUCGUCUGGAGCAACCUGAAUGAGUACAUACCGCUUCUGCUCCUGGCGC